UCAAAAGAUCUGAUGUCAAGUACUGCGUAGGACUAGUUUUUACAGAAGGGUGUGGUGACUCUAGGUUGACAGGCUUUAGGACCCAGGUCUGCAGUGGUUGGGACGCGCCUGAAAGGAAUAGGAAACCCCACACCCUCUGGGCCAGGGAGAAGUUGAACUGCAUUCCUCUCAGCGCAGCUCUGCAUCCACAGGACACAGACGCGGAGCGUGUUGCUAUGACAACGCCAGGGGACGUCGAUGGAGAUGACGGGGCAGGGAGGAAGAAGGUGGGAGCGGCAGUGUUGGACCCGGGGGCGUGGUCCAAGGUCAGCUGUCCCUGCUGCCUGUCGGACAAGGUUGAGCCUCUGGUUCUGAUCCAACUGAGAGAGGAGGUCCAUCCAGACACCAAGCGAUGGUUCAUCUCCCGGAUAGAGGCCUCCAAGAAGGAUGGAGGAGCUCAGCUGCUAGCCCACCCAGGGGAGGACGAGGACGGGGAGGUGAUCGUGCUGUCAGCCCCUCGCUGCUGUCUCCUCAGGGCCACGGAGGAGCUGGGACUCUGUAAGCCCUACAGUGACGGGGAGAUGACUGUCUUCUCCUACCCCGACAGACACAGCUUCAAAAACACUGAUGACAUGCAGGCGUUCCUCACGCUGGCGGAGCGUCAGUACAUCAUCAAGUAUGAGCUGGACUGUCUGAGGGCCCGGAAGGAUCUGAACAUCCCUGGGCUGCCUGACGACCGGGGACAGCUGAGGGCCCGCCAGAACAUCUGUCAGAAGCUGCAGAAGGCAGGAGUGAUCCUGGACAUCGUGCCCAUCCACCACCAGCAGACCCUAGACCAGCUGGGAAAAAGCUGGUACUCUGGUACACAAGUGUGGGGUCAGCCCCUAGACGCCAUCCAGGCGUAUUUCGGCGGCAGCGUGGGUUUCUACUUCAGCUUCCUGGACUUCUACACCUGGGCUCUGGUUCCCCCCGCGCUCGUGGGCGUGGCCUUGAUGCUGUUCCUUCCUGGGGGCGGGGCCACGGACUCGGCCAAGUCCUCUCAGCCGGCGGCGCCGGAGGAGGAGGAGGCGGGGCUGGCCAUGAGUGGCUACAUGGUGCAGGCCGUCUUCAGCAUGGUGUGGUCCACCAUCUUCAUGGAGCUGUGGAAGAGACGGAGCUCCGCCCUCUCCCACUGCUGGGGCGUGCUGAGCCUGGCGGAGCGCUUCGCCGAGCCACGCCCCGGCUUCCAGGGAACCCUGGGGGUGAACCCGGUGACGAAGCGGGUGGAGCCCCUCUUUCCCGAGUGGCGCCGGCAGAUGCGGGUGGGGCUGGGGUCCCUUCCCGUGGUGGUGCUGUUCCUGGGGCUGGUGCUGCUGGGCAUGGCGGGGUUCUACCAGGGGGAGACGCUGGCGAAGCAGCUGCACCAGGACUGGGGGUCCCUGCUGUCUGGAGCCCUGCUGUACCUGCCCUCCAUGCUGCACAUCCUCUACACCAACAUGCUCAGCACGCUGUACGGCCGAGUGGCCCUCAAACUGACGGAAUGGGAGAACCACAGGGAGGAGUCAUCCUUCCAGAAUCACCACACCGCCAAAGUUCUGAUGUUCAGUUUCUUUAACUACUUUGCCGUGCUGUUCCACAUCGCUUUCUACAAACAGGACCUGCCACUGCUGCGCAAGAGGCUGUCCUCCCUGUUGAUAGUGACCCAGCUGGUGAACCAGUGCACAGAGCUGGUGGUGCCCUGGCUGGUCGACCGUUUCCUCCGGGCCCCACAGCGCCCCCAACUGGAGGACGACUCGGAGGAGGACAAGAUACGCGCCCAGAGAAGCCUGCCGCCCUUCCCCGGCCUGUUUUCAGAGUACAUCGAGCUGCUGGUGCAGUUUGGGUAUUUGAGUCUUUUCUCCUGCGUGUACCCGCUCACCCCCGUGCUCCUGCUCCUGAACAACGUGACGGAGAUCCGGGGCGACGCCUACAAGAUCUGCAAGCUUUUCCGGAAGCCUUUCUGUGCCCCCGUGGCCAGCAUGGGGGUGUGGCAGACAGCAUUUGAGAUCCUGAGCUUUGUAUCCGUCAUGUCUAACUGCUGGCUGCUACUGCUGUCUCCACGGAUACGGGAGUUCUGCCUGGAGGGAGGGAUCUCCGGCAGGAACAUCAUGCUGGUUGCCAUCCUGGUCGAGCACAUACUGAUCCUGAUCAAGAUGGUUCUGGCCUUCAUGAUCCCAGAUGAGCCCGACUGGAUCAGGGAGAAGAGGGAGCAGAUCGAGUUCCGCUCCCUGCAGGCUCUGGGACAGCAGAAACAUUGAAGGACUGUGACCAGUGAUCCUGUCUCCAGGAGCCGCCCGGUCUUCCUUCCAGAGCCCUGGGAAGAGCGCAGUCAGUCUGUCCCCCAGGAACUUUGCUAUCGUCCCCUACAGGCCAGGACGGUCUGUGCAUGGCUGACUGACUGACCCCAGAGCCUUCUUAUGCUAAAAGGGGGAACCACAGAGAAGCAAAAACCAAAAAAAUGGCACAGCGCUGUGUUUGUUCUGUCUAUGUAGUGUGGAGGGAACGCGUGUUCAAUGUUUAAGCUUCAGGGAAAUUCUGGGUAGCUUCAUAAAAGUGUUACGCUGUAUGUUCACUUGUGCCAAUUAAGCUGAUAGGAAUGUGUUUUGGUUGAUUUGAUCACAGCACGGUUAACACUACGAACAGUCUGAAUAGGCUCAUAUUGAGAUGCGGCUCUAUCUAAAGGUGAAGGGGUAUCUGCUGUUAAUUAGAUUAAAGGAUCGAUGGACCAGUGGCAGAAUGGUAGUAGAAUAAUGAGAGAAAAAUGGUACA